ACGAGGAGGAGAUUCAGACAUUGAUCAAACAACACAGAUUGUAACAAUUUGUUGGCAGCACCACACUUUUCUAAGAAGUCCUUCAUUACUGAGUGGAGGAAGAACACAGCAGCUGCAUUUGAAAAGAACCAAGGAAUUAGUAUGGCUUCUAGAUGAAGAAGUAAAGAAGCACCUAUCAGAGAUACACCACACAUUGCUGGAAUGCAGCCGUCGAUUUCCAUACAGGAUGGGUUUUGCAAUGGACCCAGAAUCUGAAGAUGAUCGCACUGUUUUGAAGCCACAACGAAAUCUUCUCUCCAGUCCAAAUAACACAGGGCAGCUCAAGUGUGUAGUCACUCUUAUGGGGGACACUCUGUGUGAUGCAGAUAUCAGUUUCCGUCAUAAGCUGGGCAAAGAAAAUCACAUCUUCAAGACAAAGAUUGGACCAGAAGUACAGUGGCAGCUUCCACAGGUCCAAGAAGCCGCCAACCAUCUUGCCCGCACCCUGUCUAUAUUCCACACACAUGGGGAUGACCACAAAUACACCACUGCCAAACAAGUCAUACUGAUACUUGAUGAGGUCAUGAAAUUGCUCAACGCUGGAAAAACAUGCUUAGCAUUUCCGAAGCGCAAAUCCAUCGAGGACCUGGUCCAAUGUACAUCUAUGCAAAACUUCCACCCGCCUGUACCCAGUGAUAUUGCAGUCAGUUUCUACAUCCAUGCUUCCAAGCUUGUGAUGGCUGUCUACCAUCUGAGCACGUCCAACAACACCCAGGACAUCACCAGCAGAUUCCAGGUGGAGUGUACGGUACAGUGGCUCAACGAGGCUAUGGUGCUGUAUACACUGGCCCUACAGCAAUGCCAGCAGCUCUUUGACAAGUUGAUAGUGCUGGAGCAUGCUCAGCCCCACCACCGGGCUGUGAGAUGACAGGCUGAUAGCCCAAUGAGGCUGAAAGCCCCAUGUCCUCAGUUUCAGGGAUCCUACCCUAACAUCCUAUUACUUAUAUAGCCAUGCCGGAUACACAGAUAUGUCACUAGUGCUGCGCAGUUGAAACACUUGCAUAAUACUUCGGACACUGUAGUUAUAACUUACAUUAAAUUAUAGUUGAACAUUACCACAGUAGGUCAAAGUAUGUGGAAAAAUUUCAGUCAGCUGCUGAUGCUGAGGUCUUCUGCAGUGAAUUUUCUAUUAUAGAAAUUAACAUUAAAGUUGUCAAAGUGUUUUUAUCUUUGUUUAUUAAUCCGAUCUUUAAAGUACUUUAUAUUCAGAACAGUACACUAAUGCAUGAUUUGCUAAGCAAUAUUAUCCUAUCAGGGUAUUGUUCAGCCAGACGAGUCGUAUCUGAGGAGAAAUGCUUAAUUAAUGUUCAUAUCCCAGGCUUUAUUCCUUUUUGUGUGGGAUCACUAAUUUUUAGUUAUAAAAUUCCAUUUUACAGACUGAAAUGUACACUUUACACUAUGUGAUACACUGUAAAUGUAUUCUACAAAAAAUGACUUAAAUCAAAUAAUAUAAACUUUAAGAAAUGCCUUUGAACCAAACUAAAUUGCCAGUUGGUGUUGUAUCGAGAACAAUUAAUAUUCAAUGUUUAGAUUGUUUACAAAACUUUUUGUGAAUAAUUUAUCUUUGAUCGUAAAACAUUAUCAAAUGAGCACAUUGGUUGUCUUCACUGUCUUAGUUUGCCUUAACUGUUUCAUUAUAUGCUGUUAUGGAAUAAAUUUGUUGCAGGAAUAAAUUUGUCUGCAACAUACUUUUAUCUGUUGUUAUGGAUAUUCAGGAUGUUAUUUCCUGUGUUUUAAAGUUUGACACAUUUAUAAAUAAAGUCCACUUGUUUAAGGACAAAACUUUAAAUAGCCAGUGAUUGUUGUAUGUUCACAACUAAAAUGGACCAUUUGUAACUGAUUUCUUGAAACUAUUCUUGUAUAGAGGACAUUAGACAGACCUCAACAGAUACUAACAGAUGUUAGAGCUUUUAUUUACCUGAGAUUGAGAUAUUUAAUUUUCUGCAAACGUAAUGCAACAAUGUACUUUAUUUGCAUUGCUUGUUUGUGAAAUCAAUCUAAUUUUGACAUAAAAUUAUAAUCACAUUUUUAUAUCAUUUACCGGUUCUGUGAUAUUUUGAACAACCACGAAAACUGUUUCGUGUCAAUCAAAUGUUAAGUUCUAUUUCAUAAUUUCUAUAACAUAUCAAUUUCAAUGUCAUGUGACAAAUGGUGUUACAAUGUUUUUGUUUUGAUUAUGUGAAAUAUAUACUACACAAAAAUGCUGUAAUCACUCAACUGAAUGCGUCAAAUGCAAGUUUUACACGUCAGUACAAUUUAAGCUCACUGCUGAAUUACGUAACAUCAAACUCUGUUAAUUUUAAUGUACUGUAACAAAUAAUUUCUAUAAACAGUUAAUAUUUGCCUCUACCGUUGAUAUAUGCUGUACAGUAUAUAUAUGCUGUACAUUUAAUAUAUGCUGUACAGUUGAUACAUGUAUAUGCUGUUCAGUUGAUAUAUGCUGUGCAAUUGAUAUAUGCUGUACUGUUGAUAUAUGCUGUACAGUUGAUAUAUGCUGUACAGUUGAUAUAUGCUGUACUGUUGAUAUAUGCUGUACAGUUGAUAUAUGCUGUACCAUUGAUAUAUGAUGUACAGUUGAUAUAUGCUGUACCGUUGAUAUAUGCUGUACAGUUGAUAUAUGCUGUACCGUUGAUAUAUGCUUUAUGUUUUGAAGUGUACAUGCCUAGUGUCCCACCUGUUUUUGUAAAAUUUUAUAUUUGUGCUGAAAUGUUUAAUAUAAUCACAUUUGAUAGACUCUAAGCAAACAUUUUGAUUAUAUUUAAAUAUACAAGUAAUACUGUCUUUAUUUCAAUCAUACAUGAUAAGCUAUUAAAAAGAUCUAUAUUUGACUAUCAUGAUUCUUAAGUUCAGACAAGUCAAACUAUAGACAGAUGGAAGUAGUGUUUUUCCAUCUGAAGAAUUCAAGAUUACUAACUUCAGCUGUAGUUGAUUGUGACAAAGGCUUUCACAAUAUUGGACAUAAAGUUUGCAAAACAUUGAAAAAGCUGCUCUUUCUGACAAUUUUAAUUGUAAGACCAAACAAUUUGUUUAAGCAUUGAAUUUUAAUUAAAGUCAUAUUUUGAAGAUAUGUUUUACUAUAGUCAGAUUGAAGUUACACCCCUGGUCACUGAGUGUUUGACAGUACUGUGUUCCACUUAAUAUAUUUAUAUACAAGGACGUUCAUAGCAGACAUUGAAAAAUGGGAAUUAUUUGAUUUAAAUAGAGCAUUAUUUCUAUGCAAUUUGUAUGUGAAUUUUGCUAGAUUAACAAGAUAACAUAUAAUUGUUUUGUGUAAUUUUCAAUUGAAACAUGUUAUAAAUGUGUUUACCAGUUUAUACAGUAUUUUAUUGUUAUGAUGAAAUGUUUUGUUAUAUUAUUAUAAGAUUAACAUGUUAUAAAGAAUAAAAUCACAGUAACUUAA